AUGACGUCGCGCGGCUCGGACGCGUCCCUGGAUCGGCGCGCGUUCCUCUCUCCGUCGUCCCCGCAGUCCUACGACCCUCGUCCUUCCUCCGACGUGCAGACGCGCCCCCGCAAGGCCUCCGCGUCGUCCAGGAGCCGGCCCCUGCAUUGGCUCAUCGCCGUCGUGGGACUCGUCGUCGUCGUCUCGCUGCUCCACGCGACGGAGAGGUCGACCCAGUCCCUCCGGGACGACCAGAACGCGCUGGAGGUCCAGGACGCCUUCAACAUCCCGCGGCGACUGGCGCGCUUCGAGGUGAACCAGAGCGUGCUGGACAACCUGGACACCGUGGAGGUGGCCUUCGAGUACAAGGCGCCGCAGCCCAAGUUCUACGGCCAGGACAGGGUGCACGCCUACUGCGUGAGCGCCGCCGAUGAGCGUGCCAAUCGCACGCCGAUCGUGCCGCAGUUUAUGGACUCGGUGCUGACAAACGACAAAGGCUCGGGGGUCGUGCAGGUCGGGCCGCUGGUCAACAUGCGCUGCUCGUGGCUGCUGCGGUUUGUUACGAGGGAUGAUCAAGUGCUGGGCGAGACGAAGCUAUUGAGGUUCAGACGCGGCCCCACGCAGCCAUUGCAGGUGCACCUGGCGCUGACGGAGAAGGCGGACGAGAUGCGCGUCAAGUGGGUGAGCGACAAUGUGUCGAACCCCGUGGUGAUGUUCGGGGAGGAGAAGGACAAGCUGGAGAGGGUGGAGCGCGCCACCCAGAGCAGCUAUGCGGCGGACGAUAUGUGCCUCGGACCGGCGACCACGGUAUUCCCCAGGAACUACCGAGACCCGGGACAGAUCUUUGACGCCGUGAUGACCAAGCUGGAGGCGGGUAAGCGGUACUACUACCAAGUGGGCGACGAGAAGGGCGAGAAGAGUGAUGUGCUGGAGUUCAGGAUGCCGCCUGCUGUUGGGAAUAAUCGCCUUGCGGACGAUGCGGAAGGAUCGAGUAUGAGUUUCUUUGUCUAUGGAGAUCUGAAUUCGCCGGUUGGAGCGACGGACAAUUUUGCAGAGGAUAAUGGGAAGUGCGGCACCACCAUGCAGCUCAUUCGCGAAGACAUGGAGAAGGCUGCAGCAGACCCAAGUAAGCACAGAUACGUCGCUGUUAUGCAUGUCGGGGAUUUGGCUUACGCCAUGGGGUCGACUUAUAUCUGGGACCAAUUCGGCCACCUCAUCGAGUACGCUGCCGCACGUCUUCCCUAUAUGAUCAGCAUGGGCAACCACGGGGUGAAGAAAGACCCUGUCAAGUGGCCUGCUCACCCGACCUUCGAGAAGCACGGCGUUCACGGCUACCAAUCCUACGGCGAGUGUGGGAUACCCUCGGAGAAGAGGUUCCACAUGCCUGAUAAUGGCAACGGCGUGUACUGGUACAGCUUCGACACGGGGCUUGCGCAUCACGCAGUAGUGAGCAGUGAGCACGAGUUCGUGCGAGGCUCACCGCUGCACAAGUGGUUGGUGAACGAUCUCAAGUCCGUGGACCGCUCGAAGACGCCCUGGGUGUUCGUGUACAUCCAUCGGCCACUGUACUGCUCCGUCGCCUACUCGGGCGACUACUACAGAUCACUGUUAUUCCGCGAUGAACUUGAACAGGAGCUGGCCGACCACCACGUGGACAUCGUGUUCGCGGGUCAUUAUCACUCGUACGAACGCACUUGUCCCGUGUUCGGCGACCGCUGCAUCGAGUCACCCAGCGGCAAGGCGAUGGCACCGGUUCACCUCAUGGUCGGGUCAGGUGGUUACAAGGUGGACGACGCCGGGUUCUACCUCUCUCGUUGGCGCGAACAGGGCUUCCUGGAGCACGGCUACGGCCGUGUGCACAUCUACAACUCGACGCACCUGCACUUCGAGUUCGUGUCGAAUGCCGAGCGCCGAGUCAAGGACGAAACGUGGAUCGUGUCGACACACGACUGGUCCAGCAAUCGCGAGCGAUACCCUCCCGGAUACUUCCCCGCGCAGGAUAUCGCUGGCUACGCAGCUACUGUCAUCUUAGCUUUACUAGCGAGUUACGCCGUGCUACUGCCGGCAAUACGCCGAGCACGGAACAGCAGAUCCACGCCGGUAUCUCCCAUACAGUUCACCAAAUAG